GCGUCGACAAGCCCACCGAUAAAGCCAGCUUUGACUUUAUUGCGAGAGAUGCGUCCGUGUCCAAUUCCAGUAGGUCAUCCAAGGACCCGAUGUCAUCCUCCGGUCGCCCCAUAUUAAAAAACAAAGAACGAAGUCCUCACGGCUCCUUGCCCAGCAACAACAGCAACUCUGAGCUGUACAGCAGCCAGCCCGGAACCGAUGACACCAGCAAUACCUCCGCCGUCGCUAGGCAAAUGAAGGCGUUGGUAGAGACGCUCAAGCGGCACAAUCCGGUAGCCGGGUCAUUCACUAAGGUCAAGUGGCACCCGGAUACGGUCUUCAUAUAUAAGGAAUCAGAGGAAGCGGUUACACGGGAAACGGAAGUGUGA